CUCUCAUCUGAUCUCCAUCGCUCUUCCACCUGAUAGCUGACCCGCCAUCUCCACGAUCUGACCACAACUCUCAUCCAGACUGUCGUCAUGUCUCGCGUGUCAAACAUACUGUCGCCUAUGACUCGUUCUCCAUCCAGGAAUCGAGUACUACUUUAGCAGCUCCUGUCAACAGGGAAUCCCGUUGAUGGAUGCAUCUCCACAGCAAGCCGUGUCGCUAUGGGAUUCCGCGACCAAGAUGAAAGCCAAGAGGCUUCAACGCCUGUCAAGAAAAAUGCAAGGCUGGCUAUGGUGACCAUCGAACGACCCUCCGCUCCAGGCCAUCCACCAUCCCGACGGACCAGCACUGACGCCCCCGAUAAAAAACCACCACCACAACCAGGACCAUCACGACCGCCUCUCGCGAACACCGAAGUCCCCAUCGACCCCAACCUCACCAACCCCCGUCUCCACGUCAACCGCGCAUGUAUCUACGAGCGCCACCUCCCAGGCGACGCCUACAUCACCGCGCAUGUACAGCGACUCCAGCACGGAUCCUACUCCAGCCGAGCCGUCUCGGACAAAGACUUCGACAACGUCGACUUCCUCGGCAUCAGCUUCGUCUUCCACUCGCCCAACACCCAAAACCACCGCUUCAAAGCAGCCACCAUCCGCGCCUCGGUGCGCAGCACCCGCGACAAGUCCAGCGCCAUCUCCCCUAAACCAUCCUCCCAGACCCUGCGCGGCUCGCGCUCGCGAAACAACAAUCCGCGGUUCCUCCGCCACGCGCCGCAUCUACUCUACGGCGCCGUCUCCCCAGAGACACUCCAGUGGAACUACAGUCUAGCGGGACAGAUCGGGUUCGCGGACCUGCCGCUGAUGGCCAGCAUCAUGCCGUCGGGGGGCAUGAACGGGCGAUACCGGCGGUACGAGAUGAUGCGGAUCCAGGGCUCGGUGCGAUCGCUGCGGAGUCCGCGCGGACGGCAGUACGACGUGGAAGCGGGGGAAAUCGUCUGGUCGCUCGAGGAGAACACGCUGCAGCGGUCUGGGCUGCCGCGGGAGUUCACGUUUGCCAUGUUGAUCCAGAAGCCCCGGGCGGAUAGCCGCAUCUGCUUCAGUUUGGAUAUCGACCCGGUUCUGCAGUGCUGGUUUGGGAAUUACCCGUCGUGGAUGCUGUCGCUUCCGAGCUAUCGGGCGGUGCCUCGGCGGCCAGUCGACUUUCGUGUAGAGAGUGGGCAGCGGUUUGAGCCUGCUACGUCGGAGAGGGGGUUUAAUUUUGCGCAGUUAGAGAGUUCGUUUGAUGAUUAUGUGCAUAUGCCUGGGAGGAAGUUUGCAUCUAGUAUCUCCCCCGACAACCUCAACGACGACAACGAACUCCCCAACAACCCACUCCCUAACUUCAACAUGGUACAGCCCGUCCACGGGAUGCCCCAGAUGCCAUUCACGCCAGGACCGGGCACCAUACCGGGGAUGACCCCGGUGCCAGGACUACCAGGGAAGGUAGGGGUAGGAGGGAACCUGGCGGCGUCGUCGAUGCCCAUGCCCGCGAGCAAUAUUGACGCCAGACCGCUGUCUGUGCGGGUGUUGAUGGAACCUAGUAGUCCUAGCCCCAGCACUGGGCGCGGUGAUGGCAGGACUGAGGGGGAGAAGAUGCAGGUUUCGACUGUCAAUAGGACGAGGCGGAGGUCGGGGAGGUGAUGUUUCUUUUGCCCCUUACUUUCUUUUCUUCUUUGUACUUUCUAUUUUCUUUUUCUUCUUCUCUUGUGUCUCUCUUUUAUUAUCCUGUAUUUUCCCCCAUUCUU